AUGCCUGCAAGCAUCCUCAAGUCCCUCAGUGUUGGAGAUUCUCCGCUGAGUUGUACCCAAACGCAUCCCGUCAGAACCAUAUCACAAUCCCAUUCACGUGGACGAGAAAUCAUCCUCACCCAAAAGCUCAGGGAACAAUUGCACAGUCGAGAGGAGCAGGAUCGACUGAUCACCCCGGCCCAUCCCAAGACAAUCUCCCACAUGGCCGAUUUCGGAUCCAACGAUACUCUAUCCUUCUCCUCCUCGGGGGUUCUCCGCACUGCAUUUCUCAAGGAACUUGAACGUCAUCCUAAUUUCACCCUGGGCAGCAGAUCCACGCGCAUUUUUGAGGGCACAACCCAGUAUCUGACCGAUCUGGAAGAGUACCUCGCGCAUUUCCACGGGGCAGAGUCGGCUCUAUUCUUCAACUCAGGCUUCGAUGCCAACGUGGCACUCUGGUCGACCGUCCCUCAGCCGGGUGAUGUGGUCCUUUAUGAUCAGUACGUGCAUGCCAGCAUCCACGAGGGGAUGCGUCGGGGCCGCGCGGAAACGCAAAUGUUCCCACAUAACGACUGUGCGGGUCUUCAACAAUGCCUCCUCAAUCUGCGCGAGAAGCAUCCUGGAAUAGCUGAAGGCAAUCAAACCGUGUUUAUUGCCUUGGAGUCCGUGUACAGCAUGGAUGCAGACAGUCCACCCAUCCAUCGCAUGAUCCAAUUAGUCAAAGAGAUUCUUCCGCGCGGCAACGCAGUGCUGAGUAUCGACGAGGCUCAUUCUAAUGGUUUACUCGGUCCCAAUGGAUCAGGGUAUGCAUGCAGCCUGGGUUUGGAAAAAGAGUUUGCCCUCAGGUUACAUACCUGCGGAAAGGGACUUGGGGCAACCGGGGGUGUCAUUCUCGCGAACAAGAUCAUCCGGUCCUAUAUCAUCAACUACGCCAAGAAUGUAAUCUUUUCCACCGGCCCGGCCUUCCCGGUCCUUGCUGCGGUCAAAGCCGGGUAUGAUUUGCUUGCCAGCGAAGAGGGAGAAACACGCCGCACACGACUCCAACAAAACAUCUCCUACUUCCACAACAAACUAACCAGUCAUCCACACUGGUCGGCGAUCAAACAAAACGGUAUCCUGACCAUCCCCACCGAAGGCACCUGGGCAACGGAAUCAUUCCACGCCCCGAUCAUCCCAUUUAAUACUCGCGACGGGGAUGCAAACAGCCUUGCUGACCGGUUACAUCAAGCCCACUAUUGGGUGAACCCCGUGCAUUACCCUCUCGUUCCCAAGGGCCAGGAACGGGUCCGUCUGGUGCUUCAUGCAGAUAACACGGAGUCACAGAUCGAUGACAUCUUGGGGGUGAUUAUGCAGUGGUCGAUGGAGCAGGUUAGGGAUAGUACGAGGUUUGAUGAUACGGGUUGGAUGCAGGUAGCUUGUUCUAUUUAA